UUAAAAUAUCUUGCUACUUAUAUUUAAUUAUUGGGUCAAUUUUAUGGAAAAUCUCAAACAGUAUUUGAAGAUAUAAACGCAUUUCUUUUUUCCAAGCACACAAAAAGUUUAAUCUAAUCAAGAAAAUCUUCUAAGCGAUCUAAUCUAAUGAGUGAUAAUGACUGAUAAUGUGGAGCAAUCAAAUGCCAAAAAAAAUGGCCGACGAACAAAUGAAAUAACGAUUUAUAACUAUCCAGAACAUUUGAAUCCAUUCUAUAAAGAUGAUCAGCAUAGACGUUUACGGUUUUGGAAAAUGAAUAAAAAUGGCAUUGCUGAGAAGAACAGGAACAAUUCAUUUACAAAUGGAUUGAAAUCUAUUUGUGCACGGUUUUCCAAUCAAAAUAGAAAAUCAUCAUCAUUAGGGGUCAACAGAACGUCAGAAAGUCCACCAGAAACACCUACUCAAAAAAAAUCAUCAUCCUUAGAAAUUCAAGGAAAAUUGGAUAAUCCAUCACAAAUGAGCAAUAGAACUGAAACUUCGAACGGAUAUCGACAAUCUUCGGUAUUACUCGAUAAUAAUAUACUAAAGAACACAUCGGAGUGCCAAAGCCGAAACGAAACACUAACUACCCUGAGUAGCAUUAAUACAACAAAGACUUCGUCUUUCAAAUUUUCAACGGCGGAUGACAACAUGCCACUUAGAAAUCCACUAAACCUCUCUGUACGAAAUACUAAUUCUAACAAAACAGAAAUUAAAUUGGGUAGUAUACAUAAAAACUUCCACAAAACGCUUUCUGAAUGCAAUAACUCAGCAUAUAAAGCGAAUUUUGGAUCGUCUUUGGAAAACUUGCGGAUAAUUGUACAAAACGACUCAAAAGCAGCUAAUUGUCGAUGCCAUUGCAAAUUCUGCGGUAAUGUGUGGACUCCAGGAAGAAGUGAAAUAACAACCGAUCGAUAUCAAUCACCAAAACCAAGGCCCGAGAAAAGACAUAUUAUCAGACCACCGAUGAAUUUCGAGCAGUUUGAACUAAAUAACAUUAUAAAUGAAAAACGGUUUUUCGAAAAAUUGACAACUUCAGUACCGAGCUUAACGUAUCCUUCAACUUGUGAACAGACGCCAGUUGCUGAUUUUUCAAUAAAAUAUGAUAGUUCAUACAUAAAUGUCGAUAAUUUUUCGAAACAAAUCGAAUAUUACAAAAAUGCUAGUGCAAGCUCAGACUCCUGCUCCCAACCUUGGUUAAUCAAUUUUCAAAAUAAACUUUCAAACUCAAGUGUCGAAAAUAAACUUAAUGAAAUACCUGAAGCCGAUAUCUGUAACGAGCAGAAAAUUGAUGAUAAUGGGUUCAUGGAGUGUAUACAUAUACAUGUUUUUAAAAAGCCCAAUCAAAAACCAGAAGAGGUAAAACACCAGCCAAGUAAUGUUAUAUCAUCAGUGAAGAAGCCACGGAAAAAAGUUAGAACUAAAACCAGAAAGAAAAACCGUGAAAACAUCUCAUCAUCGUCAUCAGCUCAAAACAAUGUCGAAACUAAUCCCAAAUAUAGACUUAAAUUAACUAGAGAAAAUUUAUUAAGAAAUACACCUUCGAUAUCAAAAGAUGUAGUACGUGAUUAUUUGUCACAAGGACCAUUUGAACCACCAUCAGAGUUAGACUUUAACGAUCUCGAAGGUGAGAUUAGCUCACAUGAGUGCGAUGUAUAUUCAGUAAAAAAAAGUUUUAAACGGUCAGCAGAGUUUCCUCAAGUAGAAAAUAUUGUAAAUGAAAAUAACUUAAUUCCGCAGAUCUCGUUUUACAAUUCCAAAUACAAAACUGUAUGUGAAAAGAAAAGAGAAGAUGAGAAGAAAAAUUUAGAAGUUGCCGUAAUGGAACCACUGAUAAAUAUCGACCUAGAGAACUAUAAAUUGAAAUUGAAUAAUUUAAGAGCUGUGGAAACUCCAAAGACAUCAUCACGACACGUAUGUUUACGCAGUGGACUAACAAACGAAGAAUUCAAAGCCAAAUUAUUCGCAAAAUCAACAUCUCAACUUGAAUGGAAAGAAUCCUCCCUCGCGCCAUUACGUUCUAAUAUGCCGCUGGAGAAACGAAAAUCCUUAACGGAAAUUAUUGAAGCCAUUAGCAAGAGUCAAACAAUGCUGAGAGAAGCUGGCAACAAAAAAGAUUCUCUUGCGUUGAGUAAAGAAGUAUUCUGAAGAAAAAUAUGAACUCAUACAAUAUAUAAUCUUUCUACGGAACUCCAUCUUCACUUCACCACUCAUUGUAAAUAACAGCAAAAGUCAUAACAAAUAAUAUCUUCCUUAACAGCAAAAGAAUGGAAUCAUUUUUAUUUCACAAUUUUUUUUUUGAUUUUAUGCAUAUA